AUGUCUGGUACUCAAAAAGCAUCACCUACUCUGAUGUUCAAACAGUUGGAGAUUAUUGGGCGGGGGAAGUUUGGUAUUGUGUAUAAGGCUCUCAGUGCCCGUACUAAUGAGCUACUUGCUGUGAAAGUUCUUGAUGUGGAUAAGAACGAAGAAGAGAUCAAAGAUAUUCAAUUAGAAGUCAACUUUCUCUCAAAUCUUAAGAAUUGUCCCAACGUAACCCAUUACUACGGAUCAAUUCUCGAAGGUACAAAACUUUGGAUUGUAAUGGAAUACUGUGCUGGUGGCUCACUUCGAUCCCUAUUGAAACCUGGAAGAUUAGAAGAACGCUAUGUGGGGAUCAUCACAAGAGAACUUCUAAUCGCAUUAUCUUUCAUUCAUAAAGCUGGGGUCAUUCAUCGUGAUAUAAAGGCUGCAAAUGUGUUGGUUACGAAAGAAGGUAAUGUUCAACUUUGUGAUUUUGGGGUGGCGGCUCAACUCACCGCAAAUAAUUCAAAAAGAAAUACCAUGGCAGGAACUCCUUACUGGAUGGCUCCAGAAGUUAUUCUUGAAGGAACCACAUAUUCGUUCAAAGUAGAUAUUUGGUCCUUGGGUAUUACCGUUUAUGAACUUGUGACCGGUAACCCUCCAUAUUGUGAUAAAGAUGCUAAGUGGGCAAUGCAAUUAAUUGCUAAACACAAACCUCCAAGAUUACAGAGUAACAAAUUUUCUCCAUUGCUUAAGGAUUUUGUUGCUGCCUGUUUGGAUGAAAAUCCUCAGGAAAGACCUAUGGCUGAUGAUCUUCUCAAAAACAAGUUUAUUCGUCAUCAUAAAAAUUCGAGCACGGCAAUUCUUAAAGAAAUUAUCACGCGUUAUUUACUUUGGCGCGAAAAGAAAGCUAGCAGAGACAGUAUAGCCAUUUUAAAUCAAAAUCCAGAUGCAUUGAAAGAAUUAGAAGAUAGGAGAAAUUCUUUUGUUGCUGAUAAUAAUUUGGAUGUCAAAUGGGACUUUGAUUCUUUGAAAAGUUCUGAAUAUGCAAUGGAAAACGACAUCCACAUAGAUGAUGUUAGCGGGAAUGACUCACUUAAUGAUUCUUUUGAUUUUGGUGACCCACAAAACAUCAAUUAUGAUACGGAAUUUGAUAAUUUUGGAGGUCAUAGAAUUGGAAAUUUUAAUGAUUACGAGCCUAUAGUGACGUUAAACAAUCAGAUUGAUGUGACGAUGAACGCCACCACUUUAAAAGAAAGACAAGAAAAAGAAAUCAUGACAUUAGCCCAAUCGACAACUAAUGGGAAAAAAGAAGUACCAAAGUCAUUCCUUGAUCUUUUUGGUGGUGAACCAAGCACUGAUGAUGGAGCAUUACGUCCAAAACCGCCGCUACUCAGUAGUGUUUCGAGUCCAAUAUUGACUCCUUUCAAUAACCUGGAAAAGAAUUUGCCUUUACCACCAAGUAUUACCGCAAGUCUAACGCGUUCUAAUACCACAGUUGCUGAAAUUGCGAUUCCUACUCCCGGUGAACUUGAAGGUCAAUCAUCACAACCUCAAUCUUCAAUGGCAACAGGGCCGCUCCUAGCAAGAUCUCCCCAGCCAUUGCAACAUUCGCAAAGCAUGACUGAUUCGAUACCAAUGGUUAAUACUCAAGAAAUUCAACAAUUCUCGUAUCCUUCUGCGGUGUUGAAUCAAAACCAAUCUCAAGCAAGCACAAGAACUCCAUCACCUAAGAGGAAUGUACUUGAUGCUGGGUCGCAUGUGCCUGUGACAAUGAAACCGAUAUUGAGUUCAUCUGAUUUAUCUCAACCAUUAUUGCAGCCCCUAAAUAACAUCUCUAUCAAAAAUAGCAAUAGCAAUAUGAAUACCUCGCCACUUCACAAAAGAAAUCAACUGUCUUUGUCGACACUCGAGGAAUCAAUUAAACCACCAGUUCCAAGCUCCUCCAACCAAGUUUCUCGGUCGCGCUCGCCUAGUGUGAGCCGUUCUGCCUCGCUCAGUAAGAAGAACCUUAACAAUUUGCGUAUUGAGAUGCCGAAGAUGAAUCUAGACUUUGAUAAUUUGGCAGCUCCACUAAAUGCCAUGUCACCAGCAUCUAAGUCUCCUCUUAUGAAUUCUUUCACAAAUACGGAAAACAACGGUGAUGUAAAUCAGUUUGGAUAUAAUACUUCGGCACUGCUUCGUACCAUGACUCCAUUGACUGAGAAAUCGCUUGAGCAAGCAUUGGGUACGAUGCUGGAAGAAGAAGGUUCAAAGGAACAUACUAAACAGAGAUCUUUGUCGCGCACCAUUAACAAUUCAUCAAACACCAGUAUCAGUAACAUUAAUACAGCUAGUCUUGGUCUCACAAAGAAAAUGUCAAGUUCUUCUAUUGCUACGAGUUCACAACUUAGUGGUACCAGUAGUCGUGACCAGGAAGCCUCGAUAUCCUCAGCUUCUUCCCAUGGAAACACGUAUGGAGAAGGUAGCUUUAAUUAUGGAUCUAUCACCAAUAAUUAUACCGUUGAGGAGACUAGCCCAUCGGUCGUGCAAGUACCGGUGUUGAACCCAGCAGUCUUCAUCGAUUCAACGCAUAAGGCAGAAUUGGUUAGUGAAUUAGGAAAAAUGUUGGCAGAUUUUACGAAAAGUUUGGAUAUCAUCCAAGAGCAGUUAAACACAAUCACUGAAUGA